GUUCCUGAAAUAUUCAUCUCUGUUCCACCAUUUUUCAGCACGGAUAUGUCCACCAGCCAGUUAAAUUUAGCUGGUUACUUUUGCCAGGAUUUAAAGGCCAAGAUCUCCUACUUGAAAGAACUGGAGGGAAGGAGUUCAGAAAUACUAAGAUGCACAUUAGAGAUGAAAAUUACUGAUUUAUUUUCAGGCCAGUAACUUCUGAAAAGAGCUGUGGUGGUUGUUGGUUAUGAUGCCCAUCGCUUAAAACUUGGCUGCGAAUUUACCUUAAGGCACAUCCUGUUGGGUCAGGUUUCACACACAAUAGUCCUGCGAACUUAAAACAGGCCGUUGAGAAGCCCAGAGGAUUAUUUUGUGCUACCAAAAAUGAGAUCUAAAGAUUGUGUGUAUGUUCUCAUAACAAUGCUGAUCGUCUUAAUAUGGUGUUUCUCCAUCGAAUGGACAAAACUCCAAGAAGCUGACAAACGAUCAUCUGAAGUUAAUGAUUCUGUGACAAACUGUGAUAAUCCAGGUCUGUUUAAGUCUCACUUUGAUUGCUGUCCACUUAAACACUGCCCUUUCAACCACUUCCCAAUACACAUGUACAGCGGUGUAGCCGAUGUGGUGGCUGCAAAAAUCUGCUUUAACAAUACAGUCAUCAUGGGUGGCAUCAGGAAUAAUGCAGGACCAGGGCUGAACAUUGUGACAGUAAACGGUGAAACCGGUGAGGUUUUAAGAAAUAAUAACUUUGAUAUGGAAUAUAAAGAUCCUGAGGAAUUACUUGCCUAUCUAAAGACACUAAAGCCAGGAAAUAUAGUGCUUGUGGCCUCAUACAUGGACCCUACUCCAAAGCUGACUGAUGAGAUUAGAGAUAUAUUCACUGCUCUGGGCAGCACCAUGGUCAAAUCCCUGAAGCCCAGGGAUAGCUGGGUAUUCGCAGGCACCUAUGGAAUGAAGAAAGCUAGUCCUUUUGAAAAGUUGAUUCAAAAUGAUAUGAGGACAAACGUGUAUGGAGACUGGCCAGAGAUGGGGGAGGUCAUUGGCUGCUUUCCCAGAACUGAGACUGAAUGAGUCUGCCACAUUAACCAACCUUAGAUCGCCACACGUUUGGGACAUUUAAAAAUGGGACAUUAACAACGCACUACCUUUUUUGCUGUCUUCCCUCCCUAAGUAAGUAAAACUGAAGGAAUAGUUUACACUCAUGUUUUUCCAAAUCCAUAUGACUUCCUUCCAUGGAACACAGAAGGAGAACUUUUGCAUAUGUUCACACUGCUCUUUUCCAAACAUUGAAAGAGCAACAUUCUGCCAUGAUGAUCAUAUUAUAAAGCAAAUAAAAAUGUGAAAGAUAAUAACA